AAGCUGUCAAUGAUAUAUGUAAUAACAUGUUUGAAGAAACAGCAAGCGCCAGAAAAGGCGUUUCGAAUGUCCAUCUUUUAAAAGAAGCAUAGUGUAUAACUCACUUCGUGACUUUACUACACUGGGAAGUGUUAGCAGUGAUAGUUAACCGCAGUGUGUGGUCAAACAUUAUCUUGCAGGUUUAUAUGGCAGCAGAAAACUUUACUGGAGAUGGACGGCAGAAACUAUUAUGUUCCGAGGGUUUAGCUGCUGGACUAUACAGCCACUUGACAUUUCUUUUAGUUUUAAACUCUUUUCUGUCCGUUACUGCAUUUCUCGGGAAUGCUCUGAUUCUAAUUGCUCUCCCCAAGGAGUCUACCCUUUUUCCGCCGUCCAAACUCUUGCUUCGUAGCCUUUCAACAACUGAUCUCUGUGUUGGUCUUAUUUCGGAGCCUCUCGCUGUUACCUAUUGGAUGUCUGAGGUGAAUGAACAUUGGAAUAUUUGUCGCUAUGUAUCAGUGGCAAGUUUUUUCUCAGCCUCUGUUUUGUGUGCAGUGUCUCUAAUGAUAUUGACUGCGAUAAGCGUAGACAGACUUCUCGCCCUGUUGUUGGGACUGAAAUACAGACAAGUUGUAACUUUAAAGCGAACCUACGUGAUCGUUAUUAGCUUUUGGAUUGUGUCUACUGCCACUGCAGCAAUGUGGUUUUGGAAUCCCGUUAUAACUCUAUGGUAUAGCUUGAUAGGUGUACCAAUGUGUCUACUAAUCUCGACCUUCUCUUACGCAAAGAUUUUUCUCAAGCUCCGUCAUCAUCAAAAUCAAGUACAAGGUCAUGUUCAACAACCGAACCAAACAAAUCAUCUGAACAUAGCUCGAUAUAAAAAGGCAGUGUCUACUGCAAUAUGGCUGCAACUGACGCUGGUCGCUUGUUAUCUACCCUAUGGUAUAGCGGAGGCUUUGGUGACUAGUAGUGGACGAUCUUCACCUGUUUCUCACAUUCGGUUUUAUACAGCCACUUUAGUUCACCUGAACUCGUCAUUAAAUCCGAUACUUUACUGCUGGAAGAUAGUAGAAGUCAGACAAGCAGUAAAGAACAUAAUCCGACAAAUUCUUUGUCAUUGUUUUUCGGGUUAAUCCUGUAGACAACGACAAAAGAUUAAAAACUUAUUGGUGUUUGCAAGUUAAGAUUUUAGCAGGUUAAUUCUCUUCAGGGUUGUCUUGAAUUAAAGCUGGUGCUUAUUCUUAUAAUUUAUCGGUAUUAUUUGUUUCAGGAGCAGUAAG